CUGUCUAAAGAGCAAUGAGGAGGGACUUCCGUAUUGCAAAGCAUUUUGGUACUUGUGUACACUUCCAAAUCAUUAUUCCACAUAACUAGCUAGUUUGUAGUUUUAGACCCACGAGCAGUUCUUUUGUGUCGUUUCUUCAAUUGAUAUCGAUAGUGUUACACUGGUUUAUAAACAACGCUGAAAUUAAACAAACAUCGGUAUGGCGGAGGGUGCCAGCGGUAACGCGGUGAAUCUUCCUCCCGGAGAUCCUCAGCUAAUCGGUCUCAUCGUGGAACAUCUCAAGAACCGAGGCUUGUUCGACGAGUUCCGCAGAGAUUGCCUGGCAGAUGUGGAUACAAAGCCUGCCUACCAGAAUCUGCGACAAAAAGUUGACAACUUUGUAUCCACUCAUUUGAGCACUCAAGAAUGGAACCCAUCAAUCAACAAAAACCAAGUGCGAAAUGGGCUAAGACAAAGCGUCGUGCAGUCAGGCAUGCUGGAGUCUGGAGUGGACAGAAUCAUCACCCAGGUGGUGGAUCCCAAGCUUAACCACACUUUCAGGCCCCACAUUGAGGAUGCCAUUCAUGACUUCCUGUCUGCUGAGAAGGAGGAGGGUUCAUCCAACACUCAAUCAGAGACUGAGCAACAAGAGGCUCCAAGCCACACUGGACCCAAAACGCCAUGAGGUACAGAGAAAUGUUUUCUGCUAAAGGUAGACAUUUUCUAGUGCUCCAUCAGGCUGGAUGGACAAGGACCUACUGUCUAGUAAUCAUGGAGCAAGAGGUUUGCACGACUCUUAGUCUUUCUUCAUGUGGAGAAACCAGCCGUGGAUAUUAGCUGUCAAUGCUAACAGCUACCAAAUAAUGCCCAUAACAAGUCAAAGGUAGAAUUGUGCAAAUGACACUGGGUAUAGCACCCUCAAACUCAACUCUGGACCUCGAAGCCAGUUCCAUUGCAUUUUUUCAUUGUUCCCCUUUAAUCAGGGACUGAUUUUGACCUGAGACACCAGGUUGUGUGCAAUUCAUUAUCAGGUAGAAGAAAACCUGCAGGCAACGGACCUCGUAGGCUAAGAGUUGAGUACCCCUGGUAUAGCACAUGGAAUUUUGUUUGUGGUUAUUGAAUUAAAGAGAAGGGUAACUUUUUUUUUUUUCUUCUUAAGGAGCAGGAAGUAGCCAUUGUAAUGUUGGCUUACAGAUUUUGUCCCUCAGUUUGACACUUUUUGGUGAAUAUUGUAAAUGUCAUUCACCAAUAAAUGAAUGAUUUGGUAGAAAUGUG